UCCUGCGCACCGGUUCACUUUGACUGACGAUGGAUCCCGGCUACAUACUGAUCGACGAGCACAGCUCGGUGGACGAGCUGAUCCGGCUGAUUGCGAAGCGUGUGACGACCGUCGGCGAGCCGCUGAACGUGCUCAACCUGGACGACAUCGUAGCGAAGCACCGGAACUGGCAGGCGAAGCUGCCCACCGUCGCCCCGUUCUACGCGGUCAAGUGCAACAGCCAUCCGACGAUUCUGCGCCUACUGGCGGCCCUCGGCUGCGGGUUCGACUGUGCGUCCCGGGCCGAGCUGGACAGUGUGCUGGGGCUGGGCGUAACGCCCGAUCGGAUCGUGUACGCUCAUCCGAACAAAUCGAUCGGCUCGAUUGUGCACGCGAAAAAGCUCGGCGUCAAGCGCAUGACGUUCGAUGGUUCGGAUGAGCUGGAAAAGCUGGCCCGCCACUAUCCGGAGGCAGAGCUUAUCCUGCGCGUGCGGCACGAUGCAGCGGCAGCGCAGCUAUCCCUGGGGCGCAAGUUUGGCUGUGAUCAGGUGCGCGAUGCACGCCCGCUGCUGGAGCGUGCCCGGGAGCUCGGGCUGAGUGUGAUCGGUGUCAGCUUCCACGUCGGUUCGGGCAGUAUGGAUGCGGAGUGCUUUUACGGUGGGAUAAGGAAGGCGAUCGAGAUCUUCCGCGUGGGCAGCACGCUCGGGAUGAAGAUGGAGCUGCUGGAUGUGGGCGGCGGCUAUCCCGGGGCCAAUGGUGCGCUGUUCGAUCGGUGCGCGUACUACAUCAAUAAAGCGCUGAAGGAGUUGGUGCCCUCCUCGGUGACGGUUAUAGCCGAACCGGGGAAGUAUUACGUCGAGUCGGCAGUGACGGCACUGGUCAAUGUGGUAUCGAAGUCGUACGAAAAGGAUGUGAAUGGAGCCGUGGUACGCGUGCGCUACUACGUGGACGACGGGCUGUACGAUACAUUCGAUUGGUGCGACGAUCAGGGCAGUGGUCCGUUGCUGCAGGAGGACAAACGGGGUGUGCCGUGCGUACGGUCGGUGAUCUACGGCCGCACCAUGUGCGAGCAUGAUGUAAUACGGGAGGAAAUUUCCCUGCCCGAGCAUGAGAUCGGCGAUUGUCUAGUGUUUCCCAACCGGGGCGCGUACGCGAAGCUGCUGGGCCGGGGGCACAAUGGCUUUCGGCCAACCGGCACGAAGGUGUGCCUAACACGUGCGACGCUCAAUUACAUGUGCGCGGAGGCGGUCAAAGCAGUGCGUGGAUGA